UCUAAAUCCAUGUUGAAACCUAUUAUUUCCCUCUGACUUGCAAAGGUCCGAGGUGUUAUUUCUCAAAUAUAAUAAUAUCCAAACAACUAAAAUGAGCAUGAGCACAGUGUCGAGCCACAGUAAGGACAGUUAUGCUCAACGCAGAGUGUUGUUCAAAAACAUAUGGGAUACAGCGGUGAAGAUGGAUGAAAAAGAUAAGGAAACUGAACAGUCUUAUCAGGCUAAACCUAAGGUCAUUAAAACCUUAAGGCUGAGUGAAGAGGGCAUAAACAUAGCCAAGAAUAAGAGGCAACGCAUCAAGAACCUGAGGAUCGUCUGCAACCGACUGCUGGAUAUCUGCAACAAGCAGGAGUCAGAUGAACGCUUGUAUGAUCGGAUCUCCGCUGCCCGCCGCGAUUCCUGCGUGACCUCGACAAUGUACGUCCAUCAACGAAAGCGUAAAAAACGUCCAAAGUCAAAGAGAAAAAAAAUCAAACAUACUUACGAACUACCACAACUACCACAAGUCGAUGUUCAAGAAGACACCGAUGAAGAAGGCCCUUUUACGGGGACGAAACCUGUUAGAGAUUUGAAUCCUCUGAGAAUCGAGAGAGCAAUGCUCGUUCAGCGGUUUGUUAAAGAACGGCAAAAUUUUAAAAAGAUUGAAAAUGCACCUCUAAGAAGUUAA